UCAGAGGCUCCAGACAGUUUUCUGCAUUUUCUGGAGUCAGCUUGUGUUGUGUGUACGUAUUAUUUCGCAGCAUGGAAAACACAGGCAUUUUGUGCUUUGGGGUUAUCCUCGUGAUUUGUGCAGGAACAACUCACGGGAUUGACUGUUACACAUGCAACUCUUUGAUGGAGCCAAACUGCGAAGAUGACUUUAAUCAUGCCGGUAUAACGGUGGAGAGUUCCUGUGCCCAGUGUAUGAAGAGCAAGGGCAAGGUCAGGGACAAUCAGGUGGUAAUGCGUACGUGCAGUAUGAUGGCUCUCGGUAAUGAUGGUGAUUGUCACGAGGAAAGCCGUGAUGGUGCUGAGAAGAACGUCUGCUUCUGUAACAGCGAUAAUUGCAAUGGAACGCCGCACAUGCGCAUUGCAUUAGCCACAGUCGUCACUACCGUUCUUAUUGCUUUCCGCGUUCUUUAAAUGCAAUGUUGACCUUUUCGUUUUAUGUUGUGUAUAUAAUUUAUUAGUAGUGCCUCAGAAAUAGUAUUGCCAUUGAUUGAUUUACUAUCCCAGAACGCCAUAUUUAUUACACUUUGAAGUGAACGAGUUUUACAAAACUAUAUGUUAUGUAAUGUAUGUGUGUUCUUUGUAAUACAUUAAUCAAAAUCAUGCUGGAAUUAUGCAACAUUCUAUUGUGCCUUUUCAAAGAACAUUUCUUAAUACUAUUUGAAAUGAUCAGGCAUUUUUGUUUUUUCCCCAUCUGGAUCUAAUUUUAUGCAUUUUAUACGCUGCUUUAUAAUGGAAAUCUUGUACUUGAUAAAAACAUUCUAAACUGA